UUUAAGUAUUUUCUAACACUUGCGGACUUCUUUGUGGCUAAAUCCAAAAAUGCCGUUGGCCAAACAAUUUUUACGAAAUUUGCAACGCUUUCGUUUAGUUACAUUUGAUGUGACCGACACCCUGCUGCAUCUCAAGGAUCCCAUAGAGCAGUACAAACAAACUGCCAUCGAAUGCGGUGUCCAAAAUAUAGAUACUGGAAAACUUGCGCUUUGUUUUCGUAGACAAUUCAAAAAUAUGAGCAUGGACCAUCCGAAUUUUGGCCAAGGAACCGGCAAAAUGGGCUGGCAAUGCUGGUGGAAAGAGCUUGUUGUGCAGACUUUCCGUUGCGUGGAUGGAAGUAUACCACAGGAAAAGCUAAAUACCAUAGCGGAACAAUUGUUGGCCAUAUUUCGUACGCGUGCCUGCUGGCAGCAUGUAAAUGGAGCCAAGGAACUGGUGGAAAGGGUUCGCAAUGCUGGAAAAUGUGUAGGUGUCAUAUCGAAUUUCGAUCCAUCAUUGCGUCAGGUGCUAGACGAAAUGAACUUUAUGAAUCAUUUCGAUUUCGUACUGACAUCGUAUGAGGCUGGUGUUAUGAAACCGAACCCUUCCAUUUUUCGCAUACCACUGGAGCGUUUGAAUAUUGCGCCACAUGAGGCCCUCCACAUUGGCAAUAAAUCCGAUAUGGACUAUGUAGGAGCACGGAACAGCGGUUGGAGUGGCCUACUAGUGCAUUCCGGCGGUGUUAAAGAUGAUAAUGAAGUUGAUGGAGGACAGCAUACAUAUAAAAGCAUCGCUCAGAUGCUAGAUGCUCUGGAAACGCAAGAGAUUCAAUGGUGACCCAGAAUAGGAUGAGAUAGCACGAGUCCAAAGAUUAAUGUUGUUUGACAACAGAGUAUUGAAACAUGUAACAACUCAGUUAAUUAGGUUACUAUUAAAAAAUUAAAUAAAUGUCAAACAUA